AUGAGCAAUAUUAAGGACAGCGGAGUAAUGUUAGUGAAGAACGGAAUUGAUAAGAGAGGAACAUAUAUAAUGAUGCCAAAUCCUCCGUCCAACUCCAUUAAUUCGCCCGUUCAGCAAAUAACUUCAUCCUCUUCCUCAACACUUCAUAGCCCACCACGAAAAUAUAAAGCACACCCAAGCGUCCCUCCUCUGGAAAUUGACCAAUUCAACAGCACAACAUCCAUCCUAAAUGCUCUAAUCUCUUCUGAGGAGUUGAACCCUUUUGCGGACCCAAAUGCAGCCAUCAAAAAAACCAGCCUCAACAUUAAUUUGAACGGAGUGCCAUCGUCAUCAUCUGCACGAGUAAAACCAUUGGCAGGACCGCCCUCAAGCCGAGGAACCAGAAAUUCGUUGUCCAAUAUCGCCAAUACUGCUCGAUCCAACUAUAAAACCACAACAGCUUCAUCAACAAAUAAUAAUGCUAAUAACAACACUGCUGCUUCUUCUACCCUUACAACGCCUCGCUACCAAUACUACCAAGUACAACCUCCUCAAAUUGGAAGUAUGAUCUCAACCACCUCAGUCUCAAAAAAUGGAUCUCAAACACCACGUACUACUACCAACACAAGCCCACACUCAAAACCUAAGCUUAAAAAAACUCCCUCAAAAAGUUCAACACGAUCCAUCAUUAAGAAACCAUCCGAACCUUCUGUACCAACAGUGACAGCUAAUAUUGGCAUGUCAUUCAUUUCUCCAAGGCCUCCAUUGAACUCGGCACGAAAAUCAGCCCAACAAAAUGUAGUCACAACCGCAACAUCUACCAUUUCUCAACCACCUCAACUCCAACCAGAAGAGCAACAAAAUCCUUCUGUUCAUUUACCAAGUGGAGGAGCUAACGCAAGAAGAUACAAUUUUUCCCAAGUACAAACAAUACAGUCGUCAAACAAUACAAAUCCAAUACCACCAACCACCAUCCAACAAAACAAUACGGUGGGAAGUCUGAAACUGAAUCUUAACCUACAACAACAAAAUAAGGAGUCCACAAUAGAAUUUGAGGGUUUCGGUUCUGGAGUACCAGAGUCUGUAAAAACUGCAAGAAAUGUCUCAAGUAAGCCACAAGCAACAAUGCCUCUCAGCGCUAGAGCUUCCAACUACACAGUGGAUACAUCUUCAAAUUUCCAACAAUCAUCAUUUGCUAAACUUGAAGAGAAGCAAAAGACCAUCUAUGAUCUUGCAGGAAAUUCCACAUCAGGACAGAGCUCGAGAGCUUCCUCUUCACGAUCUUCGCGAGCAUUGCCAAACACAACGGUCAAUCUAAAGUUCAUGGAUCCAAUCACUCCUGCGGCAGCUCUUAAAUCAUAUGGGGAUUAUUUGACAGACUUUGAACAGUCAGAAAUUUUAGACUUCCACAAAAUUUACUGCAUUGGAAGCACUGCUAGAAAAAUUAAAGGCACCGUGAAUGCGAAUGAGGAUAUGAAUUAUGGAUAUGAUGAUGAAAGGGGAGAUUAUAAAUUGGUACUCAACGAUCACAUUGGUUAUAGAUAUGAGGUUGUUGGAUUUCUUGGAAAGGGAAGUUUUGGUCAAGUUGUCAAAGCUCAUGAUGUUAAAGAAAACAAGUUUGUCGCUCUGAAGGUUAUUAGGAAUAGAAAACGUUUUCAUGCGCAAGCCCUAGUUGAAGUUAAAAUUUUGAAGCAUUUGAAGGACAACGAUAAGGAGGGUAGACAUCAUUGCAUAGAAAUGUUGUCAUAUUUUACGUUUAGAAACCAUUUGUGCAUUACUUUUGAGUUAUUAAGCAUUAAUCUAUACGAGUUCAUCAAGAACAAUAAUUUUAGAGGAUUAAGUUUAGGGCUGAUAAGGAAGUUUGCCUUACAAAUACUGAACUCACUGCAAUACUUGUACGAAGAAAAAAUCAUACAUUGUGACCUCAAGCCUGAGAACAUAUUGUUAAUGUCACCAUCUAAAACAGAUAUCAAAAUGAUAGAUUUUGGAAGUUCAUGUUUUGAAAAUGAACGAAUUUAUACUUACAUUCAAUCUCGCUUCUAUAGAUCUCCAGAGAUCAUUUUAGGAAUUUCAUACGGAAGAGCCAUUGAUAUGUGGAGUUUUGGGUGUAUAUUGGCAGAGUUGUACACAGGUUAUCCAUUAUUCCCUGGAAGAAAUGAGUUAGAACAAUUGUGCUAUAUCAUGGAAGUAAUGGGAAUGCCAUCUAAGAAAUUGAUUCAACUGAGUACUCGAAGGAAAAAGUUUUUCGACUCCAACAAUCAACCCAGGUUAGUUGUUAACAAGAAAACAGGAAAGAAGAGGAUUCCUGGAAGUGUGACGCUUCAACAAGCUCUUGAUUGUCCUGACAAAAAGUUUGUCUCUUUCCUUGAAGGGUGUCUUAGAUGGGAUCCUGCCGAACGAUUUACUCCAGAUGAAGCUUUCAGACAUGAAUGGAUAUUAGAAUCAUUAGCGCCCAUGAGGCCACAAUACUCUCUUGAGUCAAAGCAAGAGGACCGCAACGAGAAUGACUAUUACAUUUUAGAUAAUAAGCAUCAUGUGUUACCAGUAAGUAUUCUUGAAAUGUAA